GCCGCCGCUGCCCAAGGGAACAUUUCACGCUCUUAUUACCCUGUCUAAGCUAUGAAACUGAAGGUUGGCUAUUGAACUGGAGCUUAGUGUGUUCUGUGAAUGGAGAGUGCGUGACAUAUCUGCCUCUGUACCUUCCUUCCGGGGCAAAAGAAAGGGUUAUUUAUUGAAGGGUGACUUGUGUUGUUGCAAAACCCUGCUAAGGUGGUGGUGGUGCUUGCCGAGCGUAGGGGACGGCAGGCAGUGUGGUUGUGAUUACUAUACCAAGUCUUACCUCAGGUUUGAAGUAAUUGCAGACUAACCAGGUCUUCUGAGUCACUCAAAAAGGCGUCUCGGGGCUCGCAGUCCGCCCCCUACACCCUUCUGGCUGUCGAAAUUUUGGGGGUGCAACAGAGCUCAUUUCUGUAACGUAUCUUGAAUUGGGGCUCAUUCAACACUUUAAAGAAAUGCAGGGUUGGAAUGGUAACUUUAGCUCUGUGUAUUGCUGGAUAUACCCCCGCAGUUAUGCUAGCACAUAAGAAGCAAGGUGUAGAAGAAGCAUAUUUGAAGUUGUUAGAAGAUAUCUGUAGUGAGAGUACUACAGCUGUAAAGCAACUCAAGAAAGGACGGGGAGAUGGAUGAACACCUGCGGCAGCCAUAUGAGGGUCAGCUGAUCAAGUUCACCAACGUGGUGAAGGGCUGGCAGGGGCGCUGGUUCAUUCUCAAUCCGGAAAUUGGAACUCUGGAAUAUUAUCUAAGUGAGAGUGACAAACAUGAGAGGGCACGCGGCUGCAUUCAGUUGGCGGGUGCUGUCAUCUCUCCCAGUGAUGAAGAUCCCUACACCUUCACUGUGUCACCAGCUGCCGGGGAGUCUUACAAGCUACGGGCGGUGGACACCAGGGACCGCCAGAUGUGGCUGAAUAGACUCAGGGUUGUGGCCGAGAUGCACACUCGUGCUAUUGCUCAUAAUCAUCCUCCCCUGGCACCUCGGGAGCAUCGGACUGCUGCAGGAGGGGUGGGUGGGGGUGGGCAGCAGGCAGGAGCCCCGGCCCCUAUGGGUCUGGCAGUGUUGGAUGCCUUCACACAGGUAGCUGAGGUUUUAGAGGAAGCAAGAAGGCAGCACAGUGCACUUGCCACAGCUAUUGAGGACAUGCCUUCCUAUGGUACUGGCAUGAAGUGUACAGAUCCAAAUUUGCUCCUCCUGAAGGCAACAAGUCAGGCUACACUCCUGUGCCUUGACCAGUGUCUUGGAGUGUUGCGGACACAACACAUGUCUGCUCCCCACCAUCAUCCCUCCCCGCCAGUCACCAGUGUAAGGGUGGGGGGCCUGGGAGCACGUUCCUCUCCCCGCUGUUCCCCCCUCCUGGGACGCUCCCCUCGCUUCCACCGCCGCACUGCUUCGGAAGCCUCCUCGGCCUCCAUCCAGCGGCGGCGGUCCUCUCCCACUGCGUACGUACACACAGCAUGGCCCACCUCCUCACCCUCAGCCACCACACUCAAACACUUCAUCACCCGACUUGGCUCUCCGUCCCUGCGUUCGUCCUCCCCAUCAUUGAGGGCAAGAACUGCUCCACAUUCCCCAACACCUGGCUCCUCCCAGGGAUUCAGUGGCCACCCUUUAUCUGGCAUCACAGGACAACCUGUGGCAUCAUUCACUGCAGGCUCCAGCGUGUGUCAGCCACCAGGAGAGAGCCAGGGCAGUAACAACUCCUGUUCCUCAUCACUUGCUUCUGUUACCUCCACGCCUACACCACCACCAACACUACUCUCACGAACAGGGACAAGUGAAAAUGAAUCUGAGGUGAGCGAUGAGGAAGGUCCAGGUGGUGAAGGAGACCUGGGCGAGGUGGGGGAUGGGCAGCGGUCAGUCAUUAUGCACAUCAUCUCUCAGCUGCGCCUGGGCAUGGACCUCACACGAGUCACCCUUCCAACAUUCAUUCUGGAACGUCGAUCCCUCCUUGAAAUGUUUGCUGAUUUUCUUGGACAUCCAGACUACUUUGUUAGAAUUGGGGACGCCAACACCCCUGAGGAACGUAUGCAGGAGGUGGUGAAGUGGUACCUGACCAGCAUCCAUGUUGGCCGCAAUGGGUCAGUGGCCAAGAAGCCAUACAACCCUAUCAUUGGUGAGGUCUUCCACUGCAGCUGGAAGGUUCCUCGUGACAACUGCCCUGCCUUGGAUGGAGAUGAUGUCCCUGAGGGUCGGACAGACAGCAAAAAGUAUAUCACAAUCAAAUUUUCAGCUGAGCAGGUCUCACACCAUCCACCUGUGUCAGCUUUCUUCUUUGAGUGCCCUGAGAAGCAGCUAAGCAUCAAUGCCCACAUAUGGACCAAAUCAAAGUUCAUGGGCAUGUCUGUGGGUGUUAACUUAGUAGGAGACAUUACACUGGUGCUGGGGAAGGUGCGGGAGAGCUACAGUCUGGCUAUGCCUUCUGCCUAUGCUCGCAGCAUCCUCACAGAGCCCUGGGUGGAGCUGGGAGGAAGAGUGAAUAUUUCCUCACCUGAGUCUGGCUGUCAAGCUGUUAUAGUCUUCCAUACAAAGCCAUUCUAUGGAGGAAAGUUGCACCGAGUAACAGCAGAGGUCAAGAACAGCAGCAACGCGACACUGAUGAGGGUGCAGGGAGAGUGGGAUUCAGUCCUCGAGUUUACACACACUAAUGGAGGGCAAGAGGUUUUGGAUGUCAACAACAUUCCAGUUGUAUGUGCUAAGCGUGUGAGGCCACUGAGUCAACAGGCACCAAAUGAAUCACGCCGCCUGUGGCUGGAUGUGAGUGUGGCUCUGGCACGUGGUGAUGUGGAAACUGCCACCAGCCACAAACGAGCCCUGGAAGAGCAGCAGCGUAAGGAUGAGCGUGAGCGUGCAGCAUGCAACACAACCUUCCCCACACGGCUCUUCAGCUCCCCUGCUCCCGACCAUUGGGUGUACAACCACCUUCCUCUUUAUGCAUUUGUUUCCUGUCCCAGCACACCACAAAGCCAGUAAGAAGUAUUUCAUGGUUAUUUGAUCUAUGUUAGUUAUAAUACUCAAAAAAAAGAAAAAAUCAGUUUAAUGUAUUAGUGUUGUU